AUCCUCUUUUUCCCUGACAACCGUUUUACACACACAUAUAUAUAUGUAACGUUUUUCAUCUAAUAAAGCAGAGGUCUUCAUAUAGCGAUUAUUUCCAUCUACGGAAAUACCAUUCUUCACAUUGGUGCACUGGCCCAGCGUUUGUCAAUUCAUCAUCACAAACAGCUUCGCUUACUUCGGAUUAGCAAAUUAUCAGACUGGUGGAAACACGGAAUACAACCGACGACCAAGCACAAGCUAAUCUUGCGCAAUAUCAAGCUCAGCUUCAAGCAAACCAGGCGAAACGUAUCAUGGCAUCUCACUUACCAACGCAGUUGUUGUUAAAAAGUAUCCAAACCAUUGAACUAUUCAAAGGAUCAGAUGACCAAGAUCCCACCAUCUGGUUACAAUCUAUCGACGAAUUAUUCGAUGCGAUCAAAAUUUCGAAAGCGGAUCGACGUCUGUUCCUUCCGAUGUAUUUCGGUGAAGAUGUCAAGAAGUGGUUUCGUAGUGAACAUCACAAGGAGGACUAUGAUGAGUUUAAGAAGGAUUUUAUUACUACAUUCACUUCAUCAGUCCAACAACUUCAAAUUGCAACCAAGUUAAUGAAUCGACGUCAAGGGGGGGAUGAAUCGGUACAAGCUUAUUAUUUCGAUAUGCUCGCCAUGUGUGCCCGUUACAAUCCGACUAUGACCGAAGACGAAAAGAUUUUAUAUCUUGUGCGCGGUCUCAAACCAUCAAUCCAACAACAUGUUAUAUUGACUAAUCCAAAAACAUGUCAGGAUCUAUUUGAGCACGCGAAGAGAACCGAAGCAGCCACAAAAAUGAGUCAACCUGUUUUACCAUCGCCGCCUUCACAGGUAGAUAUCGACGAAACCACAGCGGCACUUCGACAGACCUCUAUCAACAACACCCAUCGCCAAGUCAGAUCCAAUAAUGAAAACAAACGAUACUCUUCAUAUACUAGAUGGAAUCAAUACGGAUAUCCUCAUUCGACUUAUCGAAAACCACGAAAUCAAGGAUCUGAAUUGUCAUUUAAACUAAUCAGGGUGCCGCAGGAUGGUAGUGUCACCCGUACUCCACCAAAUCCAUCACAACUUAUUUAUAUUCCGAUCAGUAUUGACUCUGUUGACGUGCGAGCUAUGGUCGAUACAGGAUCUACAAUUUCGGCUAUUAAUCAAGAUUAUUUCCACAAAUUAAACCACAACUAUACAGUAUACUCAUCUACAACAUCAUGCAAAACAGCGAAUAAUACUCAAUUGUCAACCAUUGGACGGGUGAUGCUACCGAUAACCAUCAACAACAUCCAAGUGCCCAUUAGCGUUUUCAUCAUUGAGAAUCUUUGCACUGAACUAUUAUUAGGAAACGAUUUUUGUAACCUAUUCAAAGCGCGCAUUGAUUCCCAUAAAAGAACUUUAUCAAUAAAAACAGAACAUCAAUACACGAAAGUGAGUUUUCUGAAUCCCUCCAACAAAUCCCAAGUUUGUAACAUCCAUACUCUAUAUGAUAUUGAAAUCCCACCACUCUCAGGACGAGUCGUAGCAGCUGCAACAUCGGCCCCAUGGCCAACAGCGGUAUUCACUCCGUCUUCAAAGAUCCUGAACAAACAAAUGAUCAUUGCACCACAUGCGUUGGUCUCAAUUGACAAUAGUCAAACUACGAUAACUCUAAUGAAUCCAUCUCCUAGUACUCAAACAGUCAAAAAAGGAACCAAACUUGGUUUUGUCAGUUAUUGCUCUGAUAAUAGUUGUCAUUAUGUUCAGCCUCUUACAGUUCACGAACACCAACAUAUUUCGACACUUGCAACAGAUAUGAAUUCCGGCAAGACAACGGCAGUCACGCACAUUCCUAAUAUUAUUUCACAUUUACCGCAAUAUCAGCAAAAACAGAUCUUGCCGAUAUUGCAGAAAUAUGAAUCCGUUUUUGAUACAACAGCUCCUUCUCUCAUGAAAACCAAUAAUGUACACCAUCGCAUUCCAAUUCAACCACACCAUCAACCUAUUCAAUCGUAUCCAUACCGAAAAUCAGCUAAGGAAACAGCAAUUAUCAAUGAGCAAGUAACGGAAAUGCUGGAUAGCCAUAUCAUCCGUCCAAGCACUAGCCCUUGGUCUUCACCGGUGGUCAUUAUCAAGAAGAAAGACGGUAGUCCACGCUUUUGCGUUGAUUAUCGCCGACUUAAUUUGAUCACAGAAAGAGAUGUCUACCCGUUACCCAGAAUUGAUGAUAUUCUAGAUAAAUUAGCUGGUUCGCGCUAUUUUACGACUUUUGACCUCAAGGCAGGGUACUGGCAAAUACCCAUUGCCGAAGAAGAUAAAAAGAAAACGGCGUUUAUUACCACUGAUGGUUUAUACGAAUUCAACGUGUUACCAUUUGGGUUAUCCAACGCGCCUGCCACGUUCCAACGCACAAUCAACUCUGUCUUAGGUUCGCUUCGAUGGGAUAUCACGCUGGUGUAUUUAGAUGACAUCAUUGUCUACUCACCUUCGUUUGAUCAACACCUUCAACAUCUAGACCAAGUGCUUUGCGCCUUACACAAGGCAAACGUCAAGCUGAAUUCGAAGAAAUGCUCUUUAGCUCGCAAACAGCUAGACUACUUAGGAUUUCGUAUUACACAAGACGGUAUUAAACCAACCACUGCGAAUGUCAAAAAGACCAUUGAUUUUCCCGUCCCGACAACUGCCAAAGCUGCCUACUCCUUUGUACAGAUGGCCCAAUUUUAUCGCCGGUUUAUCAAGGACUUUGCUAGCAUUGCCGCUCCCCUAAAUAGAUUCAAGAUUAAGAACACUAAGUUUCUUUGGACAAUCGAAUGUCAGAGAUCAUUUGAUCUUUUGAAGCAAAAACUGUCUCAAUAUCCUCUACUUGCCUUUUUCGAUGGCCAAUCACCAUUGAAACUGAAAAUCAACACGGAUGCAUCGAAUGCGGGUAUCGGUGGCGUUCUUCACCAAGUUACAGUCGAUGGUCACUUGCAACCUAUUCAGUACUUAUCACGAUCAUUAUCUAAACAGGAACAGAAAUACUCAGUCAUUGAGAAAGAGUGUCUGGCUAUGGUCUGGUGUAUUAGCAAACUUCGACCAUAUCUAUAUGGCCGUGACUUCACUCUCAUCACCGAUCAUCAUCCAUUGUGUUGGCUUAAUAAACAAUCAUCUAAAAAUGGUCGCCUAGAUCGUUGGUCAUUACAACUCCAGGAAUAUACGUUCAAUAUUAAAUACACCUCGGGAUCAUCUAACUGUGUUGCCGAUUGUUUGUCACGCUAUCCAACCGAAACUCCAGAUAAUCUCGUCGAUGAACAACAACAACAACUCAUGCAUGGCCAACCGGAUCCCAAAAUAAUGGCUAUUCUGCCAACGUUUGAUUCCUCAAAAAUCAAAGACGAGCAACGGCAAGAUACUUGCAUUCACAAUUUAUAUGAAAAAGUCCUGCUUGGCAAAUACAAACAAUCAUAUUCAGUGGCAAAUGAUGUUCUGUGUAAGAUUAUUCAUCGUCCUGGGAACAUCACCUUGACCGUACCAUAUAUACCUCAAUCUAUGAUUGAUCCCUUACUUGCGGCGUAUCACGACAAUCCUACCGCUGGUCAUUUAGGUAUCACCAAAACCUGGCACAAAAUUCGUGAUAGAUAUUUCUGGCCCGGUAUGUAUAACCAAAUUAAAAAGUAUAUUUUGUCCUGUACUCAAUGUAAUCAUUUCAAAACAUCGCGAACAAAAGCAGUCGGUAAACUACAACCGAUCGAACCACCCAAUGGAGUUUUAGAUAUGAUGGGUUUAGACUUUGUGGGACCAAUUCCUUCGUCAUCGAGUGGAAACAAGUACAUUUUAGUAUGUACGGAUUACCUCUCACGUUACGCUAUUACCCAGGCUACGAAGAAUUGUACAGCCGAAACAGCAGCUAAGUUUUUAGUGGAGCAGGUUAUUUUACGUUUUGGAGUUCCUAGACAGCUUCUCACUGAUCGAGGAUCCCAUUUCAUGUCACACGUAUUCGAAGCCAUUGCUUCAAGAUGCGGUAUCAAUCACAUAACCACUACCACAUAUCACCCACAGUGUAAUGGACUUACUGAAAGGUUCAAUUCCACUUUGGUCGAUUCCAUAGGAACCUACGUCAACCAACAACAAAGUGACUGGGAUUGCUACUUACCAUUCGUCACUUUUGCCUACAACACAGCCAAACAAGCAACUAUUCAAAUGGAACCUUUCAAAUUGAUGUAUGGUCGUGAUGCUAUUCUUCCAUUCGAUGUCAACUCUUCAAUUUCGAACUUACCUGUGGCUGGCGAUUAUUAUAACCAACUAAUUAGGUUUCUGCAACAAGCGAAAUCCACAGCCUGGUACAGAAUCAAGCAGCAACAAGAUAUCUAUAAACGAACUUACGAUACUGGACGGAAAGAUCUUUCCCCACUUCAACCCAAUCAACUAGUUUUUCUCAAACAAAUGAUGCCUAAGCAUCUGAAGAAAUUUUCACCAAAAUAUUAUGGCCCUUUUGCAGUGAUACGUCAAAUCGGUCGUCUCAACUAUUUAGUCAAACAUGUUAAUGAUGGUCACGUCGAAAAGGUGCAUGUCUCACGAAUUCGUCUUAUCAACUAA